UGGAACCUCUCCCUUAGCCUGUCUGAAUGCCAUGCUUCACACUAACACUCGAAUAGGGGAUGGGACAUUCUUCAAAAUCCCUGGAAAGUCAGGCCUCUAUGCUCUCAAAAAAGAGGAGUCAUCAUGCCCAGUGGAUGGAACAUUGGAUCUAAUGUGUGACCCAGACCUGGAUGGCACUGAAAUGGCAGAGGCCAGUGCCAACGGAGAGGAGAACAGGGUGUGUACGAAGCAGGUAACGGAUGAAGUACCUUCCACUCGAGACUGCAGCCUUACGAACACAGCAGUGCAAAGCAAACUGGUGUCUUCCUUCCAGCAGCACACCAAAAAGGCUCUGAAACAGGCUUUGAGGCAGCAGCAGAAAAGAAGAAAUGGAGUCUCAAUGAUGGUGAACAAGACUGUUCCUCGUGUUGUUUUGACACCAUUAAAGGUGUCUGAUGAGCAGUCGGAUUCGCCUUCAGGAUCCGAGUCUAAAAAUGGGGAAGCAGACAGUUCAGAUAAAGAAAUGAAACAUGGGCAAAAAUCUCCCACUGGAAAACAAACAAGUCAGCACUUAAAACGCUUAAAAAAGUCUGGUUUAGGACACUUGAAAUGGACCAAAGCUGAGGACAUUGACAUAGAGACCCCCGGAUCGAUUCUCGUCAACACUAACCUGAGGGCAUUAAUAAACAAGCACACCUUUGCUUCCUUCCCACAGCAUUUUCAGCAGUAUCUCCUGCUUCUGCUCCCAGAAGUGGACAGGCAGAUGGGAAGUGAUGGAAUUUUACGCCUCAGUACUUCAGCUCUGAAUAAUGAAUUCUUUGCAUACGCAGCACAAGGGUGGAAACAGCGACUGGCAGAAGGAGAGUUUACCCCAGAAAUGCAAUUACGAAUAAGGCAAGAAAUUGAGAAGGAAAAGAAAACAGAACCUUGGAAAGAAAAAUUCUUUGAGAGGUUUUAUGGAGAAAGAUUGGGCAUGUCCAGAGAAGAAUCCAUAAAGCUCACUUCUGGACCAAACCAUGAUGGAGCUGCAGGGUGUUCCUCACAUGGGAACUCUGGCAUUCCAGGUGCUUCUGCACAGACAGCAUUAGAAGAACAGCAACCAAAACUCCUGAAAAGCUCAGCUUCCUCAGAGCCUGACUUCUGCACUACCAUUUGCCCUAUGUUAGAGGUUCCAGUGAAGGAUGUAAUGACAGAAUCAGAAACAGAAGACAUCUUUAUCCCGGAGGAAUCUGUGAUUCAGGAGGAAGUGGCAGAAGAGGUAGAGACGAGUAUCUGUGAAUGCCAAGAUGAAAAUCAUAAGACCAUUCCAGAGUUUUCUGAGGAGUCUGAAAGUCCAGCCACCUCUUGUGAAGAGCCUCAGUUAGCAGUCCCUGAAGAUACCUUGGAGUCCUGUGUUGUAAUGAAUGAUAUUUUAGAAACUUUACCUCAUAUUGAAGUGAAGAUAGAUGAAAAAUUGGACUGUCCCCAGGAAGAAAUGUCAGUUGUUAUUGACCAACUAGAAAUCUGUGACUCUCUUGUUCCUUGCACUUCAUCUGUCACUCAUAUCCUUGAUGCAGAACAGAAGGAACAAGGAACAACUAUAGUGACCAGCACUAUAACCCUGAGAGCAGAACCAUCUCUGGAAAGCCAAUUUCCAAAUGAGGGAAUCGCUGUAGACAUGGAGCUACAGAGUGACCCUGAAGAACAGCUCUCGGAAAAUGCUUGUGUCUCUGAGACUUCCUUCUCCUCUGAGAGCCCAGAGGGAGCAUGUGCCAGCCUUCCAUCCCCAGGUGGGGAAACACAAUCCACGUCUGAAGAGUCGUGCACCCCAGCCUCUCUGGAAACAACAUUCUGUUCUGAGGUGUCUAGCACUGAAAAUACAGAUAAGUACAGCCAGAGAAACCCUGCUGAUGAAAGCCUUCAUGUGUCUUCGAUGUCAGAAGUCUCUCCACUAGCCACCUCCCCCGAAAUCUCAGAAGCAUCUCUAAUGUCCAGCUUACCUCUGACAUCCGAGGCAUCACCAGUGUCCAACUUACCUCUGACAUCAGAAGCAUCUCCAAUGUCUGAUUUACCACUGACAUCAGAAACUUCCUCAGUACCUUCCAUGCUUCUCACCUCUGAGACGCCUUUUGUAUCCAAUUUGCCUGUCCCUGCAGAGACUUCUCCAAUUUCUAACUCUUCCAUGAAUGAAAGAAUGAUGCAUCAACAGAGAAAGUCACCUUCUGCUUCUGAAGAAGCUCUUUCUCCACGGAAAGAUGACUCUUCUGUCCCCACCAAGCCCCUGGGAGAGAACCUUAUCUCCCUACCUCUGCCUUUGUCCAACAUCCCAGAGCCCAUCAGCAUGAGUUCUUCCAUUGUGCCUGAAGCACUCCCACCUGAAGAAUUGCACAGCCAGACUCUGAGUCAAGAGCCUUGUCACUCUCACGUUGAAAUGGAGAAGCUCUACCCGCCUUCUAUCCCAGAACUUCCCUCUACAGAAAUGAUGAAGGUUAAAAACCACAGUGUCCUGCAAAGAACGGAAAAGAAAGGGGUGUCCUCACCAUUAGAAGUCCCUGUCUUUUCUGAGGAGACAGAGACUGAGGGAAAUGAGAUUCCACCAGCUAAACUCCAGGAAAAGCAGUAUGUCCCAUCAGUAGAUAAGGUUCCAUUUUUAGAAGGCUCAAGAAACAAAAUACAUAAGCAGACCAGUAUACUAAAUAGACUGGAGACCUCACAUAAUUCUAAAACAUCAGAGCCCUCCAAGUCACCCGAUGGGAUAAGAACUGAAAGUAGAGAAUCAGAGAUAUCAAAGAGGAAAACUGUGGAGCAUAGUUUUGGAAUUGGUAAAGAGAAAAGACCCAGGAUAGAAGAGGACCAGUCAGCCCGCAGCCUAGUAUCCUGCAGUUCACCUGAGAAAGAGCAGCCUCCACGAGAGGAGCCUAGGGUGCCCCCUCUUAAGAUACAGCUUUCUAAAAUUGGGCCACCUUUUAUCAUCAAGAGCCAGCCAGUCUCCAAAGCAGAGUCCCGAGCAUCCACUAGCCCAUCAGUCAGCAGUGGUAGGAACACAGGAGCCAGGACCCUUGCAGACAUCAAGGCCCGUGCCCAACAAGCCCGUGCCCAGCGUGAGGCUGCUGCAGCUGCUGCAGUUGCAGCUGCAGCAAGCAUUGUCUCAGGAGCCAUGGGAAACCCAGGAGAGGGUGGGAAGGCAAGAACCCUGGCCCACAUCAAGGAGCAGACCAAAGCUAAGCUCUUUGCAAAGCAUCAGGCCCGAGUCCACCUCUUCCAGACCUCCAAGGAGACCCGGUUGCCCACUCUCAGCUCCAAGGAAGAACCGCUCAAUAUGGAAGCCUCUUCUACCCCUGAAACAAAAAUGGAAGGCUCCACUGGUGUCAUCAUCAUCAAUCCAAACUGCAGAUCUCCUAGCAACAAGCCCACACACCUCCGGGAGACCACCACUGUAUUACAGCAGCCUCUGAACCCGCCUCACAUCCCAGAAACUGCCACUGACUUGUCUGUGCAUAGUUCUGAUGACAACAUACCUGUGUCACAUUUAACUGAGAAAAUUGUCUCAUCUACCUCUUCUGAAAAUAGCAGUGUACCCAUGCUUCUUAAUAAAAAUCCCAUCAACCCCGUCCCUAUGUCUGUCUGCAGCACUGCUGUGUCGGGAGCAAUUAAAGAGCAUCCCUUUGUGAGUCCUGUUGACAAAUCUUCUGUCCUCAUGUCUGUUGACAGUGCAAACAGUACGAUUUCUGCUUGUAAUAUAAGCAUGUUGAAAUCCAUCCAGGGAUCUGACACUCCAUGCAUAGCCCUUGUACCAAAAUGUAUCGACAGGACUCCUAUCCCCGCUGCUCCAGAAGGUACUGGACGGUCUAACGCCAUGGAUGGUAAGACCCUGCUUGUACCCAGCAGCAAGGCUGCUAACUUAGUGUCCAGUCAGUACACAUCUGUGCCAGCUCCCACUGUUGGAAGUAAUUUGCCAAACCAUCUCUGCACUAGCUCUGUCUUGAUUCCCCCCACGGGGAUUGGUAACAGAUUUGCUUCUGAGAAGAUGGCCAUGUCUGGGAGUGAAGAACAGGCCACGGUGUCCAUUAGUGCCACCAUGAGAGCAGCUCUCAGCUGUGGCGACUCAGUGGCUGUCACUGAUCCACUGGUUUCACGCCCACCCAUCGCAAUGUUUUCGGGAAACAUGCUCACUAUAAACUCUUAUGAUAGUCCUCCCAAACUAAGUGGAGAAAACUUGGACAAAAGUUCAGGGCCUCGAAACAGGACAGACAAUUCUGGAAAACCUCAGCAGCCACCAGGGGGCUUUGCCCCAGCAACCAUAAACAGAUCGAUUCCAUGUAAAGUCAUUGUGGACCACAGCACGACACUGACCUCCAAUUUGUCUCUGACUGUCUCCAUUGGAAAUGCAGAAGCAAGCUUGGAUCCCCAGAGUAGGCCAGUGAGGACAGACAUACCCAUACAGCCUGUGGCAUGUCCUCAGGUAUCAGUCAUUAGUAGACCCGAGCAGGUCACAAGUGAAGGUGUUGACCAUGGUUCUGUUUUCAUUGCUACUUCUACAGCUAAACAGGACUGUAAGACACUUCAGGCCACUAACACCAGUCAUCGAGAAUUGCCCCUUGCUCUUCCAGAUAAACUAAAUGAAGUGGCAGCACCUAGUCAUGGCUUUGCUGAGCAGGCACGAAACUCAAGUACUUUCAAGAGUGAAACAGACACAACCUGUAGCAAUCAGUAUAACCCAGGAAACCGGAUUUGCUGGAGUGAAGAGUCAAUGAGAAACACGGGACAGCCUGUGGUUAGUCACUCGGGUUCAAGUAAACAGAAAGAAUAUCCCGAGCAGAGUGGGCUGAAGGCUGUCAAAACAGAGCAUGCCAACUAUGCACACGUGUCAGAUCUCCACCCUCGGAAUCUCGUCACCAAUGUCAGUCUUCCUGUGAAGCCCGAACCCCAUGAAGUAGACAAGGGUUUUAGAAUGGACACGGAGGAUUUCCCUGGCCCUGAGCGUCCUCCUCCAGCCCCAGAGGUGACAAACAGUGUUAGUGGUCAACAAACACAGGCCACGAAGCCUUCCGCCACAAGUCCCGCAGAAGAGGCUAUCUCCUUGGCUACAGACACCCUGAAAAGACUUCCAAGUGCAGGCAGCUCAAGCUGCCGCCUGUCUUCCGUGGAAGCUAAUAACCCAUUGGUGACACAGUUACUGCAGGGCAACCUGCCUCUGGAAAAGGUGUUACCGCAGCCAAGACUGGGAGCCAAACUGGAAAUCCACAGGCUCCCUCUGCCCCUUCAAACUACCUCAGUGGGUAAGACAGGGCUGGAGAGAAGCCUGGUGGAAAUGCCGUCCAGCUCCCCAAAUCCAGACGGUAAAGGCUAUUUGGCAGGAACUCUAGCACCACUCCAAAUGAGAAAGCGAGAAAACCAUCCCAAAAAGAGAGCAGCCAGGACUGUGGGAGAGCACGCUCAAGUUAAAUGUGAGCCAGGGAAGAUGGCGAUGGAGCCAGAUGUCAAAGCGGUACCCUGCGUCAUCAGUCCAGGCGUGAGUCAGCUAGGACACAGCCAGCCAUUUAAGCAGGAACGGCUUAGCAAGUCCUCCAUGGCCAACAGGAUCAUGCCCAGCCCCGAGGUCAAACAACAAAAACGGCUGUUGCCUGCAUGUAGCUUCCAGCCGAGCCUGUUCCACGUGAACAAAAACGAUGGUUUCCACGCUGACACUAGUACCUCACACAGACAGCAGUUCUACCAAAUGCCCAUGGCUGCCAGGGGACCCCUUCCCACUGCUGCUCUGUUACAGACCUCUCCCAAGACCCCAGUGGGCUGCAGUGCAUUUGCCUUCAAUAGGCAUCUUGAACAAAAGGCAUUGGGAGAUGUUAAUCUUCCAUCAGCACCUCACCAGCUAAGACUAGCCAAUAUGUUGUCCCCCAACAUGCCCAUAAAGGAAGGCGAGGAAGGGGGAGGCACCACACACACAAUGCCAAGCAAAGCAGUGGUCCAUCCUCCACUGCCACUUCCACCACCCCCUCCUCCACCACCCCCUCCACCCUUGGCCUUGCCCCCACCACCCCCUCCACCCCCUCCACUACCUCCACCUCUCCCUACUGUAGAAGUCCCAUCCGAUCAAAAGCAACCACCAGUUACCAUGGAAACCAGUAAGCGACUUAGUUGGCCCCAGUCCACUGGCAUAUGUAGCAAUAUCAAAUCAGAACCUCUUUCUUUUGAGGAAGGUUUAAGCAGCAGCUGUGAACUGGGCAUGAAACAGGUUUCGUAUGACCAGAAUGAAGUGAAAGAGCAGCUGAAGGCAUUUGCAUUGAAAAAUGCAGAUUUUUCUUCCUACUUGCUCUCUGAGCCUCAAAAGCCUUUCACCCAGUUAGCUGCUCAAAAAAUCCCAGUGCCCCAGCAACAACCGCUCUGUGGAAGUUACCCGACCAUACACUUUGGGAGCACAAGUUUCAAAAGGGCAGCAUCUGCCAUCGAAAAGUCCAUUGGGAUUUUGGGGAGUGGCUCCAGCCCUGCCACCACCACAGGCCUGGCAGGUCCGAACACUCAGAUGCCAGUUCAGAACUUUGCAGACAAUAGCAACACUGACGAGUUAGAGCUGAAAUGCUCUUGCCGGCUCAAAGCCAUGAUUGUGUGCAAAGGCUGUGGAGCCUUCUGCCACGAUGACUGCAUAGGCCCUUCCAAACUUUGUGUAGCUUGCCUGGUUGUCCGAUAAGAGCUGAGUGAAAGAUGCAGUGCCCCCCCCCCCCAUUUUUAACAUGAAAAAGCCUAACAGGAUUAUCAAGGAGUCAAAUAAGGCAUUGACUUCUAUGCUGGCAUAUCUCAUUGAGGAGCUAGUCAUCUCUUUCUUCUAGGUGAUUAUUUUCUUACAUCUCUCAUACCGGGGGAGAUGCAGCACGCAGGAAUGGCUUUUGCCUGUUCAGUCACCAUUCACAGCUUCGAUGUGUUUCUGUCCGUGUAUACAGAUCACUGCCUCAUUCUUUUUCUUUUUCUUUCUUUUUUUCAUUUUUCUUUCAAUCCAGGCCUAGACAGUAAGGGCAUCCUGAGUUGUCUAAUCACCAGAUAUGCAGAUGUUGAAAAACUAUGACAAACAUGACCUAAGUUGGCCAGGUGUCUUUCCAUAGAUUGGAUAUCACAGCAAGCAUUUCUACAGUGAUGCUGUGGGACCUACCCAUACCCAGUGGCUCGAGGCAUAGUAGGAGCGGGAGCCUAAAGAUAUGAUUCUUCCUAUUUACCCUGAUCACAGAAAGUACAUGAAGGAUGUGUCAGUGGCAUCCACUGUACCAGCUCUCUUUCCUCCUUUCUUACUCUUUCUCAGAAACUGACAAAAAACCUGAAUUGGCUUUGGAUUCUGUCCACAAAUUGUGGUUGACUAUGCAUUGUAUCUGAAUUGACAGCGGAGCUCCGUGCUGUAGGUUGGUGUGAUUCUAGCCCUUGGAUAUCCAAUAAUGUAAGGUCCAUUGGCUGAUAAUCAUGGGACCAGAGUAUUGUGGUGUUCCACUUGUGGGUUUUAAGAGCAAAUAUGAAAACCCAUGUCCUGAUAUUAGAAAUAAACAAUAAAAUGCUGUACAUGCAUGUAUAGUGGGUUGAUGAUGUAAGGUAAUAACUAUUCUAAUCACUCCAAUCCAAUAACCACAUGGAAACUGGGAGUGUGGGAAGUAACUGUUGCCCUUACACCAGUACACUCUGACCUUUGCAGAGAUGGGCCACCUCCUUUUGCAAGUUGGUAGGAAUUGAUGAUAGGAACUACAGAAGGCUGAAUGAAGGGUAAUAUUUUUCCAGAACCAUUUCUCCCCUCUUGAUUCCCAGUCUACACAGUUGUCUUUGACUCUGAAAUAACCCUUACUUUCAAAACUUGCUCCCUCCUGCAUGUGUUGCUAUUUCUUUCCUCAGCCCUAGGAGAGUGGGCUGGAAAAGGAAUACUGCAUCUCAGUUAUCUUCAGUGUUUACCCAGUGAAAACCCUGGAGCUGAGCUACUUCCGUCUGCUGACUUCUCUCCCACUGGAGACAGCUGUGCUUGACAAGGCUCUGUUCCCCAAACCAAGCUCCAAAGCACACAAGACUAAAGGAAGGAGAAGUACACCCACUUAACUUCAAACUCAGAGCACAAAAUGCGAAUGCCAUUAGUCCAUUGAUUGUGCCUGUAGAAUUUAAAAUUAAAGAAUUCAGAGGGAAAAAUCUCUUGUGUCUAGGGUCAGAGUGAAAGAUAUUUUCAUGUGGGAUCAUCUUGUCAACGUAAACAGUUCUGACAUUCCUUGAAAAUGUAUCUUCAAAAGUGAACUGGAAUGAGUAGAAACCCUUCAUACAUUCCUGAAAGAAAACAAAAAAAACCACUAUGUUUUUUUUUUUUUAAAUCCAUACUAACUGGGGUGGGGUACUUUCCUCUAAAUCUAUUAUUGUGAUGUUGCCAAAUUUCCUUAGGUGACAGAGACAUUGUUCUAACAGAUUCCUGAAGGUGAAAGGUCCUUUAUCUUAAAGACAAGCAAAAAAAGGGCUGCCUGUGGCAGUGACCCUGUGCUUCAGUCCUGUCCCUGCCUUUUCAUAUGAAAACUAUCUAUUGACGAUGGAAAAGUCAGUGAUGCACUUAGCUAUAGCCCGAGGACUGCAACCUUAGGGCCAGGCUGUGAGCUGCCUGCCUGCCUGCCUGGGUGUAGCUGUGCCUAUCCGUGAUGCCCUUAUGGUCUGCUUGGGUAUGAUAUCAUCUUAAUUUUGAAGCUUGUGCUCUUAGCCUCACAGCGGGGCACCCCAAUACGCAGUGACACUUGCAUGCCUACCCCUUCCUAUUUAAUCGCUGCUAUUCCAGCGCCAGAUACUGUCUACACCAGCAGAUUCUGAACUACAGCGUCAGUACCUGACACCUGUUAAAGAAAACCAAGUCUUCGAAGCCUUUGCACUCUGUAUGAGAGGGACAGUUGAGGCUGAAGGGAUACUGGGCUCAUUGUCAGUUGCACCUUUGUUGAAUACUGCCUGCCAAUUGCUUCCUGGGAAUAAAGAAAAGUGUCCUUCUGUAUGUUUGGAUAUUUCACAUAGUAAGUUUGGAAAUUCAAAUGUUGAUAGUGCAUGGAUUCUGUCACCCAGGUCCAAAGAGCAUAAUUUUUCUAGAACCAGCUUCUUUUCUGCCCCAGUUCAAAUUCUGGACAUUCUCUUAUUGUUUAUUUUCCUGAGACAUUAUCUUUGGAGUGAGUAUAGUAAUGAAAUUCAGGAGCAAAAUGUCGGCUAGGUAUUUUGUAGGUAUGCAUUUCACGUUUAUAUAAAAGCCAGCCUAUUCGAAUUAGGCAAGCAGCUUCCCAGCUUCCUGAUUCCACGUUUCUGCGUGUGUGCAGCUCAACACUGCUAUUUACUAUGCGGCUGUGGUGAUGUAAUGUGCAAACUUCACGUGUGCAUUUUCCUGGUCACUGGACACUGUUAGUCCCCUAUCAGGAACUGAACUCACACGUGUAACAUGUAUUUAUUUUUAAUCACAAAGGAUGUAUUUCUCAAAAUAGCACUUUUGAAGCAGGGGAGGGAAGGAGACUACCAUGCCCUAUUCCCCUCCAUGUGAUAUGCAUAUGCCUGAGUUGUAUAAAACAUUUAGCUAGUUAAUGGGCAUGUUAAUAAAAGCAUUCUGAUGCAAAUUCAUUUUCAAAAUGAAAAUAUUUUUCCUUCCCCAAAGUGAGAAUGCAAAAUACAGUGACCAGAGCACCAUAGUUAUGUAGACUGUUUCCCUGUGAAGGCCUAGUGUUAAGAAACAAACUUGAAAACCUAUGAGCCUGAGCCAGGUUGCUAGAAAGACUUCAUGGCAGUAUGUGUUUCUGGGGUGAGCUGUAGAACCAUAGCUGACUUCUGGACUUUGGAUAUUCUUACUCAGUUCAAAAUAAGCAUAGAGAAAUCAGCUGGUGCCUGUGGUGCUUCAUGAUGUAGUCAAAAAUAGUACUUGAAAGAGUACACAAUGCUGCAAGCCAGACUCCUUUACAAACACUCGCACAAUUUCAAAAAACAAACAAACAAACAAAAAAAAGAAUUGCUGUGGCCAGUCUCCCAGCUUCUCUGGGUGGGGUGUGAUGAUGUCCAGGUGUUAGAUGCUGAAGCCCAGCUUCAUUACUGCCUGGCCUUAGCCUGGUGUGGUAGCCCAGCAUCCUAAUAGCUGCCUGGGAUACCUACCCCAUAGAACACGCAGAGCUCAGACUUGAGGUCCACCUGUGUUCCCCGAGAACAAUGUGAAGAGUCCUGGGACAGAACUCAUCCACCGUCAGGGGCCUAUGUAGCCAAAAUGUCACUGUAAGAGUUGUGUUGCUUCUUCUGUCCUCAUGGUUGUCACUGUAAAGCGAACAAAAGGCAUUUUUACUAUAAUUUAAAGGAGCUGCUUUUUUUAAUAGCAUACACUAUUUAGCUUUGAACUAUAUUUUAUAGUCACAGAAUAAUCUAGACUGUAGAAAAACUUUGCUGUGUUUGUGCUGUUCACAAAUGUUCCAGAAAAGUGCUUUACCUGGUUUCCCCCUUCCCUGGCUCUGCUGUACCCUUUCCUUGCUUCGCAGAAAUCCGAUCUCAUUCAUGUUUUCAGUACCAUUUUUUUAAAUGUGUUUGUUGUGGACUGUUCUUUCUUUGGGUCAGUAUUCUAAAUGUUUACAUCUGUUUGACAUUAGCCCUGUAAUGCCUCUUUUUUUGUUCAAAGGCGGAAUUUUCUCCUCCAGUAAAACAGCAAAAUGUGAAGUCCACCCAAACACAGCAAGCAUGGCACACACAGACUGGGGGCCUAGGCCCUGACUGUACACAGACAUUUCCUAUCAGCAUACGCAAGAGCGAAACCCUCCUUCAGUCCUCUACCAAAGAAUAUAUUAUUCCCACAGGAAAAACUCAGAAAGGUGUGUAAAACCCUCAGGAGGAGGAGCAGUUCAUCCAGGAGACUGCUACAAUUGAAUAAUGGUAUGCUUGCUUUGAUACCUGACUAAAUGUGACUGGCUGCAACAAGCAUUUCAGAAGAAGGUUUUAGGCAGUGUUUUGUUUAGAAUUCAGGGAUCAUGCAUUCUUUAAUGGUGCUGUUUGUUUUUUUAUUUCUUUUCUACAAAGAAUAAAAAGUGUUGCCUACAAAAGUAACUGCUCAUGAUAAUGUAAGUUAAAUGGAAUGUCUGUCUCUCUAUGUUUCUAUGUUUUUCCUUUUCUCCAAGUAAGAAUUUGGUUUCAGUAUCAAAAUAUUCUGGAGAAAAUAAAGAAAUGAAAACAUGAAA